GGGGAACACCGUCUGCAACGCGCGUUAAGGGCUGAAGCAUGAAGAACUGACCACAUUCCUGCUCAUUCCUACCAAAACUUUAAUCAAAGCGGGUCGAGAUCCAAGGAACGGAAGGCCGGCCUGCGUGGAAAAUGAUAUAACCCUCAUGCUCAUUAAGAAAGAUAAACUCCCUGGUGGCGCACUGUCAUUGACGACAGCUGCUUCUGCUCUCAUGGAUCCGACUCUUCUUCCCCCCUCGUCCUUGACACCCACCCCCAUUGGCCUCGUUGGACCUGCCUGGUCUUCCUGAACUCGUAUCCCGGUCUAUUCGCUGGUGUGCAGCCUCAACCCACCGCUGAUGUCGCUCGAGUCUUCCUACAAUGCCGGCCCCGGGAUUUUGGUUCUCAACUGGACGGCCGUGGCCAUCACGAUCUUGGUCAUGGCCUUGAGGGUCAUCGCCAAGCUCCGUAUUCGACAUUUCGCCGUGGACGAUACGAUCAUGCUGUGCGCAUCGGCCCUCGCUCUUGUCGCAUCCAUCAUGAUCACAUUGGCCAUUGAGAAUGGCUAUGGGCGGCACUACAGGACGCUGAGCCAUGCGAGCCAGGUGCUCGCACUCAAAUACUACACAGGCUUCCAAUGCCUCUCAAUCGUUGCCACUGGUGCUGGGAGAGCCGCCUUCACGAUAUACCUACUAAACAUCCUGCGUCAAAAACGUGCAGUGGAGAUAAUAUUAUGGGUCAUCUUCGGGCUGCAAAUUGUCAUCAACUGUGUCUCCGUGAUCACUGUUCUCGCUCAAUGCCAGAAUGUUAAUUCUAUCUGGGACACAACCGUUAUCUCCACAUGCUGGGAUCCGAAUGUCGAUCGUAUUUACGCAUAUGUCCAAUGCUCGAUCAACACUGGGACCGAUCUCUUCCUUGCUCUCUUCCCGACGUACACUUUCUGGAGCCUGAACCUGAAGAAGCGCAUCAAAAUCACGUUGAUCAUUUUGAUGAGUCUGGGCCUAAUAGCCAUGAUAGCUUCGAUCAUGCGCAUUGUCUAUCUGACUACUAUAUCCGAACGGGGCGAUCAAACCGCAGUAACAGUCCGGCUCACUCGAUGGGCUCUGACGGAGUGCUAUCUGGUCAUCGUCACGGCCUCUCUUCCGUGCAUCCGGUCUCUGAUCAUCGAUUCAGUCCGGAAGUCAGUGCGGAACUUCCCUAGUGUCUCCCGUUCGCGACCAGGACGGUCACAUCAAUACACGAUCAGUGGACCGAUUGCCAGCAGACAGGGCUACGGCAACUGGACUGGCGUUCAAGCAUCUCAGACCCCCGGGCGGGAAAGUGCCGAGUUCAUUCUCGACGGCAAUACCGAGCUGCACCAGCUCGAGAACGGCAGGAUCACGAAGCAGGUUGAUGUCAUGAUCUUCUCGAAUUAUUCCACGAACAUGGGGGGCCGGUCCCACCCUCCGUUAUGAAGUAUAUCUAUCUUUCUGUCUCUUUGGCGAUUUGAGCGUUACGCACGUCACGGUUAGCAUUGGUUCUCUUCUCUCUCUCUCUCUUUUGUGUAUGGGUAUGUAUGUAUGUAUAUAGUUCACUGUCAGGGAUACCCGAGACUACU